AUGCAACAGCGACGUGUGUUAGGUGGUGGCUCAAGCCAGUGGAUGGUCAGUUUGAUUAUGUUCUGUAAGUUGCAUCAGCAGGCAGCGCUUGCUCGUUUGCUCCUGCAACUUUACCGGACGUGUGUGCUGGACCUACCAGCAAUUUAUGUGUUACACAACGUACCAAUCAAAUUCAUCAAAUGUGAAUCAUCAGAGGGUAGUCCUACCCCCAUCAUUACUUGGUAUAUGGACAAAGACACACCCUCGGGUUACACCGACGAUGUAAAUAUCACUGAGGAAAGCUUGAGUUAUGUAGCAGGAGACCGAACGACAAGCACUCUGACAAUUAUUCCUUCACAGGAACAGCACGGGGCUAUCAUUUACUACAAGGUCUCAAAUGGGUACGGGUCGAUCAUAUCAGAGAGGAAACCCCGUAGUGACGUGUUGGUCGCCCCAUCCACACCAAAAGUUCUGUACAAGAAUGUGAUUGUUGACACCAUUACUGUGAUACAAAAUAGCUCUGUAUCGCUGGAAUGUGCCUCUUCUGGGAAUCCAACGCCUAACAUAUCAUGGAAAUUAACUAAUGGCUCUGUUAUUUAUAACGGAGUUAUUGAACUGAAAUGUAUGCAAAGUAUGAACGCAGUUACGCUCACCUGCACGGCCACAAGUGACAUGCAGCCAACAAGCGGAAAUAAUGGAUCCUCUCCAUCGAUUGGGGCUGCAGUGGGAGGGGCUGUAGGUGGAACUGUCGUGAUAGUCAUAGUGUUUGGGAUGUUUAUAUUAUGGAAGAAAUCUAAAGGAUUAACGUCUCUCCUGUCAGUUCCAGCUCCGAGUAUGAAGCCUACCGUGUUGACAAUAAUUGUGCAAAGGAAGAAAACAGCUAUGUGA